GUUGUAUCGUAUCCCAGAGAUUCUUGUGCUCCGGCGCUGUCUGGUUCUGCAUGCUGGCAUAAUGCGUCAUCUUUAACAGUGACUAAUUUAAGCAUCACUCCGUUGUCUCCUUGGAUUACCUUUAUAAACCAGUUCCUCGUUUAACUUUGUGAGAUGGAUAAGGUGGUAAACUGUUUCAGUAGGAAUCCUGACGCGGUUGUUAGACUGAUCUGUUUUCCUUGGGCAGGAGGCGGCUCUAUCCAUUAUGCUCGCUGGGGCAAAGUCCUGACCAGCUCCAUCGAAGUAUAUGCUGUUCGACUACCCGGCAGGGAGGGGAGAGCUAAAGAACCCUUCUUCCAAAGCAUGCAGCAGGUCCUGGACGAGGUCACUGAUGCGCUGCUUCCGCAGCUCAAAGAGAAACCAUUUGCCCUCUUUGGGCAUAGUUUUGGGGCCAUGACAAGCUUUGCCUUUGCUGAGUAUGUGAAGAGAAUACACAAGCUUGAGCCAGUGCAUGUGUUCCUGUCUGGUGCUUCUGCUCCCUAUUCAGAGAUGCGCCUGCAGGCUCCAAAGAGAAGCCACCUGUCAGAUCAUGAUUUCCUCCAGUGGAUGAGCUCCAUCGGGGGCACGCCCCCUGAGUUAAUAGCCAAUCCAGAAGUGAUGAAACUCUUCCUACCUGCACUGAAAGCAGAUUUACAUGUUGUAGAGAACUACAGGUGUAGCAAGCCAGAGGUCCCCUUCCUCUCGUGCCCGGUCACGUGCUUUGACGGAAAGGAGGAUUUGCCACAUGACUUAGAAGCAUGGAAACACAUGACAAGUGGCGAAUUCACAGUCCACAUGCUUCCUGGAUCACAUUUCUACCUGAAAGAGGCGGCCAAUGAGAAAGUCAUACUGGACCACAUCACAAAACACCUGGAAACAGCCGAGAUGGAUUAUCUAUAGCUGGCUAUGGAGGAAAGGCAACACACCAACACUUAAAUAAAUGCGACUUUUAAUAAGAUAAUUUAAGUUUGUUUAAUUUUAGUCUUAAAGACAAAUUCCAGUGACUGGGUAGCAGGGUGCUAGUAAAACACUUGUGACUGAAAACAUUGUGACUGUAGAAGACUUCCUUGUUCCACACAGAGCAUGCUGUAUGUGUUUACACUUAAAUAGUUAGUAUCAAAUGAAAUUACAAUUAAAGCAUC